AUUUUUUGUUUCAAGAUGUUCGCAAAUUAACUUUCACUCUGUUGAAACAUCUGUACUUGAGAAACUGUGGAAUAUUAUUUAAACAGUUGUAUCCCAUGUAGUCCACUUCUUACUCACGGCAAUUAGGAUUAAACGUUUCAAAACAGAAACAUUUGUAUUUUACCGUGGUCAAUCAUCAUUGAUGUAGCUAAACAGGGGUCUGAGUCGAUCGUCGAUUGAAUCGCUCACACAGUACAGCGAGUUGUGACAGUGCUGAACUCGAGAACUGUCAUCUGGAAAGGAGUGUGCUGCUGAGUGCUCGCUCUUUUCGAAUAGUAUCAACACGACAGAGAUACCCGGAAGGCACGAAAGUUAAUUCAGGGGACUAGAAUGAAUCGUUUCAAGACCUCCAAAUUCAAAAACACCACCCCGAAGAUCGCCAAGAAAGAUGGCUGGAUCAGUAAUGUCCGGGCAGGAUCCUUCACCUCUCAGGGGAACCACAUCAAAUCCAGCACCAGGCUUGUGGCCUUCAACACUGACCAGGCCGGUGGAGGAAUGCUCGGCCUCACCUCUGUGGAACCAGGGUCUGAUGGCAAGUGGACAGUGACUGUGAUCCCAUGUCAUGCUGAUCUGAUAACUGAUUUGGACUUCUCUCCGUUUGAUGAUAAUCUCCUGGCUACCUGUUCUGCAGAUGAAACGGUGAAGCUGUGGCGUGUGUGUGAACCAGAACAAGAGCAGCCCGGGGGGGCGGAGGUGACCCUGUGUCCCGGAGAGGGUCGUCUGGAGCUGGUCGCCUUCCACCCCACCUCCUCUGGCAUGCUGGCUGUGGGUUCCACCAAGACAGCCCAGCUCUGGGACACCAGCCGCCAACAAUCACCGCUAGCAGCUCUGGAGCCGCACGGUGAUCAGCUGCAGAGUCUUAGCUGGAAACAGGACGGCUCCCUGCUGGCUUCCUCCUGCAAGGACAAAAAGCUGCGAGUCUUUGACCCAAGAGCCCAGCUGAAACCUGUUCAGUGUGAAGACUCCAGAGGAACUCAGACCCCUCCAAGAGCCCAUGAAGAGAACACAACUGAGGCCAUCUCGAGAUGUGGUCUGAGUUGUUAUUAUUCUCGCACCACACACUAGAUCAUGGCUUCCCAAACUCGGUCCUGUAGGCUAAGAGAGAUCUUUAAGCUGUUUAUUUGAUUGUGGGGGUUUGAAUGGUGUGAGAAGACCACAACAUAUUUGGUGAGAAUCACUCAAAUCAAUUCUAGCUCUUAUAUAAGGGGCAGUAGCCUGCAUUGGGUGUACAAUUUUCAAUUACAGCAUGAUUUAAUCUGCAGUUAUUCUUCUGCUAUUAAUUCUGUUACCGAUAAUAUUUUCAUGUUUAAUUGUAUCGUCUGAUUACAAUUAUUAUGUCAUGAAUGCAAUCUAUUAGCUUCCAAAAUGUAAGUCCGAUAACAACAUGUUCUGAUUAAAUGGCUUGUCCUGCAA